GAUUUUAAUUGCGAAUUUUAUUGUGCAUUUAUUUUCCGCGUGACUCUGACUCACUUAUCCACUUCUCCGCUUCAGUCUUUUUUGUCCUUCAGACACCUUCUGUUGAAUUAGCAGAGCAAUUCACGUACGAAAGAGGCGAUUUUAAGAAAAAACUGAGUUAAGCGCAGUAAAUUCAACUACUUUUUGGUAAAAGAAGUAAUUUGAGGCUAUUAAGUCGACAUUUUCAAAGAGUAAUGAUGGAUGACAUGAUGGACGACAUGCCCGACUUUGACGACUUUGGCGAAUUGGGGUCCAUCUGGAAAAAUUUUGAGGGACCACCUUUGGGGGAUAUUGGUGUCCAACUGCAACAUAGUUUGGACGAUCCAGUCUCCGAGGUGGACGUUUUCCUUGCGGUUGCAGCGGCAAGUGACGAAGGGGAAAAUGGGGGGCAAUUUUUCCCUGUGGAGAACGAUGUCCACCUACGACCUGACUCGGAGUGUCCGUCAGCAGAGUUGGACAUUUUACUUUCGAUUGCGGCGGCAAGUGACGAAGGGGAAAUUUAUGGGGGACAAUCUUUCCCUGCGCCGGUGGAGAACGAUGUCCACCUACGACCUGAUCCGGAGUGUCCGUCUUCCGAGUUGGUCGUUUUACUUUCGUUUGUGGCGGCACGUGACGAAACGGAUGGAGAAAAGUCGACCGUUUUCGACCCCACCGCAACAACAGGGCUCGAAAACGAAGAUAACUUUUUACCUGGUGACAACAUGGCAUCAACUUCUGUACCACCACCGCAACAACCGACUGUAGAAAAGAGGAAGCGAGGAAGGCCACGCAAAAACGUGGAAAAAACUGUCCCACCAAAAAAACCCAAGAAAUACCAAAAAGACGAAGACCCGACCGACAAAUCCAUUCAAAAUGCAAAAAAUGCAAGGAAAAAUCGUGAGUUGAGAAAGGCACGCGAGGAACAGCUCAAAGCUGAAAAUGCCCUUCUAAAAGCUGAAAAUGCUCAACAGGCCGACCAAAUCAUGGAACUUUUGGUAAAGGAUUUGCAAUCACAAGCGCAAAUUAAUAGGAUGCAGGUGCAAAUUGAUAAAUACGGAAGGAAUUUGAGAGAUAUUUCUGGAAAUGAUGAGAAUCCUGGAGAAAACCGGGAUGGCAGGAUUUAAUCCAACGGGUGACGGAUCUGAUGGUUCAUGUAAAAAGAUAUUGCACUCUAAUUAUAUUUUACUUAGCAAUUAAUAUUUUAUGGUUAGAUUUAUGUUAAUUAGAUUCAGGCAGAUGUAGGGGGAGAGAGGAGAGGAGGAGGGGGAAGGUUGGCUUCAUUUCUAUCAGAAUUAAAUCCAACGCAGGAAUGUGAUACGUUCUGAUCUAAAUGAUGUCAACUUUUCUCAUAAAGAAAUUCAGUACUAGAAAAACUAGAAAUUUCAUAAUUACAAAAUGCCUUUGACUACGUUUCCUUUUUGAAUAAGAAAGCUUCACAAUUUUUACAUAACGCAAGUGUAAAUCAAGAUUGGACAAAAAUUUAAUUAGUUUAGAUACUUUGGAAGAGUUGCUUAAGCAUUUAAUUAGAGAGAUGCAACUUCGAUUUACUUGUUUGUCACUGACCGUCACCAUUUUGAGAUUUAAAUAGCAAAAACGGAUAACUUAAUAAAAUAUUUAUCCAUACUUUUACUGGUUUGUGCAAGGACAUUGUAAAAUGUCCUUAUACACGCCAGCAUAGAUAUGGAUAAAGAUUUUAUUACGUAUGUACGUACAUACAUAUCUACACGGUGUAUGUAAGUACUUAUUGUAAUAAAUAACGUGUAUUAAUACAGAAUACUUAAAAAAGCAGUAUUAGAGACUUAACAUGGUAGCCUACAGUCUGCUGUUUAUUUAAAAUACGACCCUCGACGUCAUCAUUGCAAUACUGUGAGUAAUUGAGAAUGAUGCCGUAGAGGAUCGUAUAGUAAAAAAAUAGGAGUGUAUUAUGCCAAAUUUAGAAGUGUUAUGUAAAAUUAAAUGAACUGAUUAAUAAACAUGUGAUAAAAUUUUUA